GGAUCAUCCCGUACCCCUUCCUUCGCCCGCGCGCACUCCGGGACACCUCACGCUCGCACGGUCGCCGGCCCGUCCCCCGACUCCUCACCUCCUCGGUCAAACCGGCUCUUCACCUCGCCCGGCGGGGGCACUUCGCGACCGGCGAUGGCAGAGCAGCUUACCUGGGACCCCCCACAAGCGCCGGGGGCGGCGAGCCGGAGACAUCCGCGGGCGGUGGCGGCGACGGUGAGCUCAGGUGAGAGAGGAGCGGCGUCUCGGCGGCCACCUCCCCCAUCCUUGCGGAGAUCGACCUCCGCUUCCCCAAGUCACCGCUUCGCUGCUGCAUCCAUCGAUCAGCUCCCCGUCUUGCUCCCCCUCCCCAUCUGGCGACAAAAACAGCAAGGCGGCGAAGAUCACGCCAGUGCGAAUCGCAUGCAGGGUCUCAGCAUCGAAGAAUCUGUUUGCAAUGCCAUGGCCGUCACGGCAGAGUUUGGGCUCCACCGACUACGGCCUCUAGGCCAAGUACAAGGUCAAGGUGUUGCUUUCAGUUCUCGAUGAGCUCAAGGCGCAACAGGACAGGUACAACGUCAUGGUCGGCGGUAUAACGCCGACGCCGCUCGGGAAUCUCGCGUUUCUGAUAGAAAAUGUGGGGUUUGCACUGUUAAUUUUGCGUGAUCAACAGUCUAAUCGUGGACUAGAAAACUGAUGAAACACAUGGAACAAGCAGUUGCCAUUGAUCUUAUUCCGUGUAACUUCUAAAGGAAAGAUCUUGUGAAAUAUGUUAUUAUAAAUUCUCUAUAUGUGUACAACCGAACAUUUUUCAUUGGCUGAAACGGUCAUAUGAACCAUUCAUUCACA